AUGGCUUCGCUUCUACUUGAGCAUCUCUCGACCAAGGCGGCAGUGGACGACGCCAUCCGCGCCACGAAGGACCGUGUGCUGGUGUUGCGGUUUGGCCGAGCAUCGGACACUGUGUGCUUGCAGCAGGACGACAUCCUGGCCAAAUGCGAGCAAGAGCUGUCCAAGAUGGCGCGGGUGUGUCUGGUGGAGGCAGAACAGAUUCCUAUUUACUGCCAGUACUUUGACAUUACUCUCAUACCCGCUACCAUUUUCUUUGUUAACGGGCAACACAUGAAAGUGGACUACGGAACACCGGACCACACCAAAUUCAUCGGAGCUUUCCACACAAAACAAGACUUUAUCGAUCUUGUUGAGGUUAUUUAUCGCGGUGCAAAACACGGCAAGUCAAUUGUGAACAGCCCGAUUGAGAAGUCGCAUAUUCCCCAGUACGAUCUCAUCUACAAGGACAUCUAA